GUUUUGUUGAGGGCUUGUCAUUUCCUAGAUUUUAUUCCCGAGUCUAUUCCCAAAUCAAUCAAGGCGAGUUGGCACAAGUUAUUUAGCCAGUAGGAAAAUCAGUUCCAAAUUGAUUCAGCUUUGCAGUCAUGUUUCCCACACUGCCUAUUGAGCCUGCUAAAAUAGAGGAGCGUUCUAAGGAGGAGGUCCGUGCCAAUCUAGUGGUUUUUGCCAUCACCUGUGCUCUAAUCCGAUUUAUUCCGAUGGCCAUAAGGAAAAUAGCUUAACGUACCCCUCGGAUGGCUCUUUGGGGACUCGGUGUUUAAGGCAUAACGUGCUAUAAUAUAACCUAAUACUAAUCAUUAAUCAUGUUAUGCGAAGUGAAAAUAAAUAAAAUUACCAACA